AUGGCAACCCCAUGGCCGUCAGAGCAACUAUGGCCAACGCACCACCGAGAGCAUGCCACCGAACUUAGCAGACACCUCCAGACAGCAGUCAAGUCUAUCGACACCGCAAACGGAAACCCCCUCAACCCACAGGCUGUGAGGUCCACGCUUAUCGCGGCCCUCUCCCUGAUCAUUAAAUUGCAGAACCUACCUGAGGUCGGACACCUCCACCAGGCUAUCGAGAGCCUGCGAGCGGAAACCAAAACAGCCAACGAGAAUACCACCCGCGAAACGAGAACCAUCAAGAUCGCUCUACAGCAGAACACAGCCGAACUUAAGGAGAACACCAACAUAACACGCGCGGCUAACGAAGCCGCGAAGGAGGCUUGGAAAGCCAGCGAGCUGGCGGCUAAGGUCGUAAAGGACAUCAAAGCACUGGGACCAAUGAAUCAGGGGAGCACCGCACAGUCAUAUGCUAGUGUAGCCGCCCGAGGAGGACUUACAGGAAGCAUGCAUAACCCCCGUAACCAGAGAUCGUCCCAGACCCAGACUCUGCGUGAGAUCAUUGUGAACAUUAGAGAUCCCAUCACCAUUGCCUGCAUAAGAGCCAUGAACUCCCGUAGCCUUAAGGCGCACGUAGACCGCGCCAUCGAAGAAAGCAGUAAUGAGCAUAUCCGCAAACUCAAGGCAGUAUCUGCUAAUCAGCUCAAGAGCGGCGACCUCAGCAUCAAGACAGCCACGACAAAAGACAUGGAGGCCCUCCGCCAGUUUGCCGAGGACUGGGAAAACCGCAUCGGCAACGGAGCCGCGGUACGGAUCCCAACCUAUGGAGUGCUAGCGCAUGGCAUAAGGACCAGCUCAAUGGAUAUGGAUCGUUUCAACGAGAUUAGAGAUGACAUGCUGCAGGAUAACAAAGCGUUCAUUCCUACCGCAGAGAUCAAAUACAUCGGCUGGCUGACCCGAUCAGCCAGCAAGAAGACUGCAUCAACAAUCGUGGUGGAAUUCUCAAAAGCGGAAGACGCCAAUAAACUCAUUGAUGAGGGCCAAGAUCAGGACCGCCUACAACCAGCGGUCAAGGUAUCACCUGGAACAAGCGGCCCCACAGCCGGCCCUAGGACCGGAAGCCCGGACCCGGCCGAACCCAAGGACGACACGACCAACACUGGACCGUCAAUCUCAGGAAGACCGACCAACCCGGAGCCGGUCCCUGACGAAGAAGGUCCAGAAAAGGCCUAA